CUAGCAGAGAUGGCUAUCUCGUGAUAAUCUAGACAUGGGUUAGCUAAAGAUAAUCUUGAAUCAGACACUGACUUGACCCCUAUUCAAGGUCUGCAUCUGUGGUUCCUCUGAUUAUCAGUCACAGAGAAAGGAAAAGAGAAUCUCUAUGUCUCCCCUCUCGCCCACUCCUGUGUCUGUUUUCUAUAUAUUUGUAUCUCAAAGAUUUGAAAAAGAAGUGAAAACAUAUUUUUGGCUCUGAAUUUUCCAUAUUCUGGAAGAAAAGCAAACACCUGAGUAAAUUCCCUAUUAAUAACUGCUCAGUGUGAGAAUGAGAUGGGAAGAUGCUUGUUCAAGAUGACAUAAGAACAAUUAACUGACAAUGUUAUUUAUCUGCAGAUGCACACAAGUCCAUGGGAAUGUUUAACCUAACGAGACUCUCUGAAUUCAUCCUCUUGGGUCUUUCCUCUCGGCCUGAAGACCAGAAACCACUCUUUGCUCUCUUUUUCAUAAUUUACCUUGUCACCUUAAUGGGAAACUUGCUCAUCAUCAUGGCCAUCCGCUCUGAUCCUAAGCUCCAAAACCCCAUGUAUUUCUUUCUAAGCAUCUUGUCAUUUGCUGACAUUUGCUACACGACAGUCAUAGUCCCCAAGAUGUUGAUGAACUUCUUAUCAGAGACUAAGACUAUUGCCUAUGCUGAAUGUCUGACACAGAUGUAUUUCUUCCUAGUCUUUGGAAACAUGGACAGUUAUCUCCUGGCAGUGAUGGCCAUUGACCGCUAUGUAGCUAUUUGUAAUCCUUUCCACUAUGCCACUGUUAUGAGCCACAGACGCUGUGUGUUGCUACUGUCAUUUUCCAUUGUUUUCUCCUGUCUCCACUCCCUCCUACAUGUCCUCCUGGUGAAUCGCCUCAUCUUUUGUGCUUCAAAUGUUAUCCAUCACUUUUUUUGUGAUGUUAGCCCAGUUCUGAAACUGUCCUGCUCUUCUACUUCCAUCAAUGAACUUGUGGCCAUGACAGAAGGGCUGGCCUCUGUUAUGGCUCCUUUUGUCUGUAUCACCACUUCUUAUCUGCAAAUCCUUAUCGCAGUUCUCAAGAUGCCCUCAGCUGCUGGAAAACGCAAAGCCUUCUCCACCUGCAGCUCCCAUCUCACUGUGGUCACUCUAUUUUAUGGAAGCAUUAGCUAUGUCUAUCUCCAGCCCUUGUCCAGCUAUACUGUUAAGGACAGGAUAGCAACAAUCAUCUACACAGUAUUGACAUCGAUGUUAAACCCAUUUAUCUACAGUCUAAGGAACAAAGACAUGAAACGGGGCUUAGAGAAAUUGAUAAACAGGAUGAAGUCUCAAAUGGAUAAGCUUUCUUCUACAGAGCCCAGUGAAAUCCGUGGACCCUGA